GGCCGGGACGCUCAUCCCAACCAUCAGACACAGCCAACAUGAAGUUCCAGCUUGUUCUGCUCGCCGCCCUCGUGGCCGUCGCCGUCGCCCAGAAGGACAAGAAGGAAACGUACACCACCAAAUUCGACAACAUCGACAUCGACCAGAUUUUGAAAAGCGACAGACUCAUCAAAAACUACUACAACUGCCUUAUGGAGAAGGGACCUUGCACCGCUGACGGAAAAGAGCUCAAAGAAAACCUCCCCGACGCCUUGAAGAGCGAUUGCUCAAAGUGCAGCGAAAAGCAAAAGGACGGUUCUGAUAAAAUCAUGAAAUACUUGAUCAAAAAUAAGCCUACACUGUGGGCUGAGCUGGAGAAGAAAUACGACCCCACUGGCGAGUACCGCAAGAGAUCCGGUCUGUAAGAACGCAUCACGAAACUGACGAUUUUGAUUGAAAGAUUUUGAUUUGGAAUAUACAAACAUACGCUCUCCGAUACAUGAAUAAAGUAUAAUUUUUAUACAAAACACAAAA